GUGUACAUCUCGGCGUGUGCGGGAGCUGUGGUGGCAGGGCGUGCCCCCCAGCGUCCGGGGCAAAGUGUGGAGCCUGGCCAUGGGCAACGAACUCAACAUCACCCACGUCCCCCUAGUGGUUAACUUCCUCUUCACGUGUCCAGACAUAGGGUUGUCGCAGGCAGACAGAGAGGCCAGCCUGGAGCUCAUCAAGCUGGACAUCUCUAGAACAUUUCCCAACUUGUGCAUUUUCCAGCAGGGGGGGCCGUACUACGACGUGCUGCACAGCAUACUGGGGGCGUACACCUGCUACCGGCCGGAUGUGGGAUAUGUACAGGGCAUGUCCUUCAUCGCGGCAGUGCUGAUCCUGAACCUGGAUACAGCGGACGCCUUCAUCGCAUUUGCAAACCUUCUGAACAAGCCCUGUCAGAUGGCCUUCUUCAGGGUGGACCACAGCCUUAUGUUAACCUAUUUUGCAGCAUUUGAAGUGUUCUUUGAAGAAAACCUACCAAAGCUUUUUGCACAUUUCAAGAGCAACAACUUAACUCCGGAUAUAUAUUUAAUUGACUGGAUCUUUACCCUGUACAGUAAGUCCCUCCCCCUGGACCUCGCGUGUCGCGUGUGGGACGUGUUCUGCCGAGAUGGAGACGAGUUCCUGUUCCGUACGGCGCUGGGCGUCCUCAGGCUUUACGAGGACAUCCUGACCAGGAUGGACUUCAUCCACAACGCUCAGUUCCUCACACGGCUCCCCGAGGACAUCUCGGGCGAGGAGCUUUUCUGCUCCAUCAGCAGCAUCCAAAUGCAAAGCAAGAAUAAGAAGUGGGCCCAGGUUCUCCAAGCACUGCAGAAGGAACAGGAGAGAGGCAGCCCCGUCUUAAAGCGCUGAGUGUAUAGACGUCUCAAAGCAUCAUAAUCUUUAUUUUAGAAAUUGUUACUGGAUUUUUGUUUCCCCCUAUUUUUGAAGAAGCCGUUUGUAAGAGCCGUCCACAGACAUCUUGACUGCUUUCAGAACCUAAGAUUUAGUCUGGCUGCAGAGAGUGUGAGGUUGCAGGGCUUGUAGAGAGUCUAAGGACCAAAGCCUUAAAACCUGGAACCUCCAGUUUACUGGCCCAGCAGCUAAUCGAAAGGGGCGUCUCGAGUGUAAACGGCCCUCAUCUCUAACCAGGUCUCACUCUGGGAGUGAGGUAGACAAAGAGGCCCUUCCUCCUUUGGGUGUGUCUUACGCUGCUAUUGGCGAUGCUGUGCUGUCUUGGGUUGGUCUCCUGUGACUGUAGGGUUCUGUGUGUGUUUCUGACCUGCUGACCUGAGGAGUGGUGGCAAACCUCCACUAGCUUUGUAAGAAGAUGAUGUAUGAAGAUGUUUCCUCUAGGGGGAGCUGUUUGCUCUUGGAGGGGCUGCACUGGGCGCCCUCUGGUCGACUCUCCCCAUCGUCCUUCAUAUGCGCUGCGAACUGAGGUCACAUUUUAUUUUUCGCCAGUUGACACUUGGAGUGGAUGACUCAGACCUUAAAUUUGCACAUAUAGGAAGCGUGGUGCAACCCCCCCAUCUCCUACUCAUUGUGUUUCUGUGUGCUGUCCCUGCCUUCAGUCAUGUGACACAGACAGUCUUUCAUCUUUUCAUUUCUGUGUCUUACUGAAUGGUUUGACGCUCAGCCCCCGUUCAGCCUUCGCCUUUCCUCUCUUUUACGUGUGGUGUACAUUUCGGGUUGUACUGAUGCACUACAGGAAUGGAUUUUACACAAAGUGAAGGAUUCAGCUGUGUGUUUGACAUCCCUGCUGUAAAUGUACUUGUAUAUGUACUGCGGUGUGGUGCUGCUUAUACGUGUUUCACUUGCAUGUUACAUGUUGCAUGUCAGGCCGGAGACACUUUAACCCCGAUUAUAUUCGACAUCAUUUCACUCAGUAUGUCAGAAGAAAAGCAUCAUGUAAAGUUGUCCUGUGGUUUUUACUCUAUUACUACUAUUAAAAUGCAUUUAUUUGUUCCAUCUAUUUACUUUUUACCUUUUUUCACCGACAUUCAACAUGAAUAAGAAUAAUUGCUUUAAUUUGCUAACCUCUGAUUCAGGACCUUUUUUCCUGCUUUCCCUGAAAUGUUACACUUAGGCUUGAUCAUCACAGAAAUGUCAGAUAAUCCUCUCCUUGGGAUUUGUUCUGUGCUCCUCUUCCACAGGAAUCCAAAUCUUCCAUUCCAGUUGUUCUAGCUAUUCUUGUUGUUCUCCUGCUCCCUCACUAAACCCAAUUCCUGCACGUAUCAGAAGGUCGUGAGUACAGUAGGUGACUUUUGUGGGUCCUUAGCCCUUGUCCUAAGAAGGGCUGGAAUGGGCUCCCAUGUACGAACAGCUGCAAGGUGGGCAAUGUAACAGGCCAUUUUAUGGUGGUCUUAUUUUUCCGGAUGGCUGCAGGCCCAUGUGCCCCGAAAUACUUUAGCACAGCCAGUACAAAGACCAAAGUAAUCGAUCCAGAGCAUAAGAUUUGCUGUGGCUCUGACCUCUUCUCCAUGUGCCCUGCGGCUGCCAUUUUGUAAAGUUGGCACAUGUGAGAUUUGCUGUUGUGCAGUGUGCAGAUGACAUCGAUACUGGCUGUUUUAUACACCUUUCUUCCACUGGGUGUUUUUAUUUACCUCUCUUCUGUUGCAUGCUCCAGAUCCCUGGAUAUCAGUGUGCGAUGCUGAAUCAUUUCCAUGCUGUGUUGGCACAUGGGCUUAAACCAAUUUGGUCUUGAGUUUUUAUUUUUUUUUGCUGUUAUCGUACCUUUUUGUUCGGCAUGCAGUUUGACUUCUGACAGCUUUUCGCAGUCUUUGACUUCACUUUGCUUUUAAUUUUUGAGUUCAUGUAGAGUACAGAAUAAUACAGGCACCUUUUCUGUGAGCAUAUUUAUUUAGCAGAUGUGUGGACAGAUAUCAGACUUCCUGUUUGUGUCUUUUGUUAUCACUGUUGAUUUUGGUUGAGUCAUGCAUCGAGUUGCACAAUACAUGUUGCAUUAAGCUGAAUGCACUGGACCUGCACUGAGGACCAUACUACCCUGAAAUGCUGUGACUGGAGUUUGACUCACUGGGAUGUAUCCAGUGGUCUACAUUCCGUGAUUUGUUUUUCAGAAAAAUAGUGGGUCAGAAAUGCAUGGGUUAUAUUCAUCUCCUUAAUUUCCAGUAAAUUGUUUAGUGGCCUUUGCUUCCCUUAUGAGUUACAGGGAUCCAAUGACUAUUGCUUUCCAGGGAGGGAACUAUCUUAGCACUUUCCUGUCCAAUCAGUGCAUUUGCAUUCCGGUCAUCUGACAAUCUGGAAAUGUCUUUGUCCAAUCAGAGCUUGAAUCUUGGUCACUGUCUACUGGUAUAACUAUCCUGUUGUAAUUCCUAAAUUUUUAGAUACCUGACAGGUUGUCUGUCAUGUUUUGUUUUUGUUUAAUGUUACUUUUGUGUGAAUAAAUUAAAUUAUGUAGUUUCUAUGUGAGCUUUUUGUCUAAGCACUGCCCCCCAAAAUUGGCCUCUGCUGGUUUCUGUAUGUUGUUCAUGUGGAGCACAGACAUCACCUCAUGAAGGUGCUCCUUAUAUAUAUUACCUGCUGCUGGGUUUGUCUGAGAAAGCAGCUGCUCCUUAUGUUAUGGGUCAGAUGAGUUUGGUGAUGAAAGAAGCAUCAAUGUAGUAAACACUAGGAUGUUUAUUUGAUUUUGUUUGUUUUUUGUGUCGUGCCUCUGUGUUCUGCACCCUUUUGGGUUGUGUAUGAUUAUGCUGUUUCCAAGGGACCCGGUACAGUUAAUGUUGGAGUCUUUGGGAUUGUAAAAUAUGCCGGUAGAUGUGUAAAUACUGUUUUAUUAAAUAAAGCCCUGUAAAUAUACAGCUAACUGAA